AUGCUCUUUGACCUCAAUAAUCUUGAAUCUACACCCUUUGGAAUCGCAACUCUGUCGGGUAACAAGGCGGUUGUUUAUCUUCGACAGUGGCUGAAUGCUGACUCUGAAUCUUUCUACGAAUUGAAUGUUGUCAUAUCUCUCGGGCGCUUGACUACUUCUCGAAGGGUUACCUGUGACUAUGGUUUGAAGACUCGUGGGUAA